AUUGGUGCUUCAUUCACUGCUAGAGAAGCUCACAACCACAAAAAAAAGAAGCCAUGAGGAACUCACUGCUGAGGAUGCUGGGCACUCUGAUGUGUGUGCUGGCUGCCUAUGCCGAUGUCGUGCCAGUUAAAGACUUCAACCUGGAGAAGAUGGCAGGCAAGUGGUACAUUGUUGGCUUUGCUACCAACGCUCAGUGGUUUGUGAACCACAAGGCAGGAAUGAAGGUGGGAACUGCUGUACUAGUGCCAACUACUGGGGGAGACCUGGAUCUCUCUUAUGCCAACCUGAAUGCUGAUGGUACCUGCUGGAGAAUGACUCACCUUGCUAAGAAAACUGACACUCCUGGACGCUUCACCUUCCACAGCCAGGUUUGGAACAAUGACAAUGACAUGCGCAUUGUUGAAGUCCUGUAUGAUGACUAUGCUCUGGUCCACACCAUCAAGACAAAGGACGGAGUGUCUGAGGUCCUCAAUAAGCUUUACAGUCGUACUCAGGAAGUCAGCGUCAACCUGCAGCAGAGGUUCACACAGUUCUCCCUGGACACUGGCAUCCUCCCUGACAACAUUGCUAUCCUGCCUAAAAAUGCUGAGUGUCCUGAGGUCUGAGGAGUCCCCCGUCGUCCCCCUUUCUUCAUCUCUUGCUUUCCCCAGGCUUUCAUGUCAUCUCCCGCCCCCUAUCCCCCGUCCCCCUCACUGUGAUGUCUACGGCAUCACAAAGCUACACCCAAGCCAGUGACACUACAGCAUUUUACUCCAGUCCCUGCUGCAUACCAAAGACCAAUCCUGAUUCUAAUCCAGACCUCAUUCUCUUCAACUCACGCAUUAACUGUGGCAUCAGAGAGGAACAAUAAAGGCCUGAUAGUUAGACAAAGAGAAGGAAUAGACAUGACUGUGAAAUCUGUCAGUUUAGUUUUUGUACAUGCAUGUCUUUUGUAACUGCUGAUUUCUUUUGAAGUGUUUUAUCUUUUGCUGAAAUGAACUCAAAGCCAAUAAAAAAUGAUAAAUAUUA